AUGCCUGCUCCCUUUCGGCCUGUUCAGCCGAUCAUUUGGAUCAACGGCUGGCCUGCUAUGGGCAAGCUGGCUCUGGCCCAGUGUAUUUGCCAGCUGCUCGGCCAAGACCGCGCCGUGGUCAUUGACGACCGCGAGUUUACCGACCAGCUGAAUCUCCCCCGGGACGCUCUUAUGUCUCGCCAUGUGAGCCGCAGUGGUGGCCGCCCGCGUGGCUUGAGCGUUGGCGACAUCAACGGCAACACCCACACCCACCGCUAUAACGCGAAGCAGGAGGCCUGCUUCCGAAAGUUUGUAUACGGCGACGAGGAUGACGAGGCUAUCAAGAAUGGCAAAGUCGACGCCGUCCAGCGGCAGCGCGUCAUCAUCUUCACAGACUGCCGUGCUAACGACAAGGUGGGUGCUGAAGGCGCGCGGCGUUAUGAGAACGCCGCCCGCGAUGCCGGUCGGCAAUUUGUACCGAUCUAUGUCGAGUGCCUGCCCGAGGAGCAGGAGCGGCGCGCCAAGUCCUCGGAUAAGCUCUACACCCAGGUCGAAGGUGCCGCAAUGACAGGCGCCGAGGCGGCUCGUGAGCUGCAGGCUCUGGCAGAUGGACGUCUUUUCACGUUCCCACAGGACACUGUCCCAGGAUUGUAUAUCAACGUGACCAACCAGCUCAUCCAUGACUCCGCCAUGAAGGUUAUCUCAUUCAUCAACGCCAUUGCUGAGAAGCGGACCGACGCCGUCAAGGAAUCAGCUGCGGCCUCGGCUAGAAGACGCCAUGGCAUCUUCGUCGCCUUGGCCAUCGAGAACAAGGCCAUUUAG